AUGGAGGUUGUUGGGAGUAGGAGAAACCGCGCCCAUGUCCGUGUCCCCGUCCUCGUCCUCUACCCCGUCCACCUCGACCCCGUCCACGAUAAGAUCCAUCCGAAUGGCCCUGACCUGAGGACCGGGGCUGUUGCGAAUGAGAAUAUGGUCCGCUGUCCCGCUGAUCAGAGAAGGUUGUGUUGGCGAUGUUCGUUGCUGGUGGAGGCACAAGCCGGUUUGCUGUCUAUAAAGAUGUUUUCAAUCGCCUUCCAGGCGGCGGCAGAAGUGGUUCCUGGUGAGAGAAUGGUUAUGAGGAGAUCUUUAGAAAUCGUCCCGUAUAUCCAUUGUAACACAAUGGCAUCCACACGUGACCACUGUUCAUCGGCUUUAGGAUCUUUUUCUUUGGCUGAAGUAGAUGAAGCAGAGAACCUGAAACGCACGGCAAUGUAUCUUGAAAAGUUCAAGAUGUGUAUUGGCUGUCAUCCGUAUCAAGGAGGAUUGCUGAAAUUGGCACAACCCAGUUCCAUCUUCACGAAAUGCAUUGAAAAUUCUGAUGACGGCACUACUCACCCGAUUCCGGCAACCUCCACAUUUUUAAAGCUGAAAGUAUUCUUCGUUAACUUUCCGAUUCAGGGAAAGUGUUUGAGUUUGACAAUUUGUCAAAUGUCUUAA